UUGGUGUGCUGUGUUUCGCAUAGACAUGUAUGCGAGAAGCAGCCUGGCAGACACAUCGCUGUAUGUGUAUUAGGCUUCGGCCUGGCAGACACAUCGCUGUAUGUGUAUUGGGCUUCGGCCUGGCAGACACAUCGCUGUAUGUGUAUUGGGCUUCGGCCUGGCAGACACGUUGUUGUACGUGUAUUGGGCUCCGGCCCGGCAGACACGUUGUUGUACGUGUAUUGGGCUUCGGCCUGGCAGACACAUCGCCGCAAUGACAAUGAGGAUGACGAUGUUCAAGCUGGACCCUCCAACUCCGCGAGUAUUCCUGAUGAUGACCAUCAAACUGAACGUGCUGAUCCCACUAAUCCUGUGGGCAUUGCUGACGAGAAUGAUCAGGCUGGACUGUCUGAUCCUGCCAAUCCACCUCUGGCUCCUCUGGAGAUGCAUCCGAGGACGGCGCAUGAUCAGGAGAGGCCGUAUUAG